CAGGCUAGGGUAUCGCCCGGGCACCGGCCGGGGAAUCGCGCCGCGCACCUCUUCACCACCCGCUCCCCCGCCGCGUCCUGAGGACUGGACGCGCUGGAUAAGCUGAGCGGCGCGUGGACCAUCCCUGGGGGCUGACAGUCGGCAAAGUUUGGCCUGAAGAGGAAGUGGCCGCCAGCCCCGGCAGGUGGCAGCCGGGCCUGGGCCUGGACGAGGACGCUCGCGGCCUUCUGCCUGACUGUAGAAGAGGGCGCGCCCCAGCCCCCGGCUCUGCUUGGAGCCGAGUCCCGGGACCUCGGAGCCCGCCCCCAGGAGAGGACGGGCGGCGACGGCUGGAGGAAACAACUCGGAAGUUGACGAGAGGCUCCGCCCCUAGCCCUAGGCGGCUGCCGCCUCCCCGCCCCCAGCCCUGGCCUGCGGAGCUCGGGUCGAGCCCUGGCCAUGAGCCCCCGCGGGGCGGCGGCACCCGAGAGCCUGGACCCUCGGGGCGCCACUGCCUCCCCGCUGGGGAAACAACUAGAGUUCGGGGACUCGCCCUGCGUCUCCGGACGCCUCGGGAUGCUGACUGCCAUCCUUCUGUUCUUCCUCCUUGGAGGCGCUCUGGCCCAUCCAGACCGGACCAUUUCCUCUAAUCGUGCUUGUACGAACUCCCCAGCACUGCUGUUGGAAGUGCAGGGGACCUUACAGAGGCCCUUGGGCCGGGACAGCCGCAGCUUCCCCGCCAACUGUACCUGGAUCAUCUUGGGCAGCAAGGAGCAGACUGUGACAGUCAGGUUCCAGAAACUGCACCUGGCCUGUGGCUCAGAGCGUUUACUCCUGCGCUCUCCUCUUCAGCCAUUGAUCUCCCUGUGUGAGGCACCUGCCAGCCCUCUGCAGCUGCCUGGGGGCAAUGUCACCAUCACCUACAGCUAUGCUGGGGCCAGAGCACCCAUGGGCCAGGGCUUUCUGCUCUCCUACAGCCAAGAUUGGCUGAUGUGCCUGCAGGAAGAGUUCCAGUGCCUGAACCACCGCUGUAUUCCUGCUGCCCAGCGCUGUGAUGGGGUCGAUGCCUGUGGCGAUGGCUCUGAUGAAGCAGGUUGCAGCUCAGACCUAUUUCCAAGCCUGACCCCAGACGCCAGCCCUAUCCUAUCCUGCAAUCUUACCUUGGAGGACUUCUAUGGGGUCUUCUCCUCCCCUGGAUUUGCACACUUUUCCUCAGUCUCCCACCCCCAGUCCUGCCUGUGGCUGCUGGACCCUCACGAUGGCCGGCGGCUGGCCGUGCGCUUCACCACCUUAGACUUGGGCCCAGGGGAUGCAGUGCAUGUGUAUGAUGGCCCUGGGCCUCCUGAGACACCUCGGCUGCUCCGCAGUCUAACCCACUUCAGCAAUGGCAAGGCUGUCACUGUCGAGACACUGUCUGGCCAGGCUGUUGUGACCUACUACACACCUGCUAAGAACAGUGGUCGGGGAUUCAAUGCUACCUACCAUGUGCGAGGAUACUGUCUGCCUUGGGACCGGCCCUGUGGCUUGCGCUCUGGCCUGGGGGCUGGUGAAAGCCUAGGGGAACGCUGCUACAGCGAUGCACAGCGCUGCGAUGGCUCAUGGGACUGUGCCGAUGGCACGGAUGAGGAGGGCUGCCCUGGUUGCCCACCCGGACACUUCCCCUGUGGGGUUGCUGGCACCCCUGGUGCUACCGCCUGCUACCUACUUGCUGACCGCUGCAACUACCAGACCUUCUGUGCUGACGGAGCUGAUGAGAGACGAUGCCGGCACUGCCAACCUGGCAACUUCCGAUGCCAAGAUGAGAAGUGUGUAUAUGAGACAUGGGUGUGCGAUGGGCAGCCAGACUGUGCCGAUGGCAGCGAUGAGUGGGAAUGUUCCUAUGCCUUGCCCCGAAAGGUCAUCACAGCUGCAGUCAUUGGCAGCCUAGUAUGUGGCCUGCUGCUGGUCAUUGCCCUGGGCUGUACCUGCAAACUCUAUGCCAUUCGCACCCAGGAAUACAGCAUCUUUGCACCCCUCUCCCGGAUGGAAGCUGAGAUUGUGCAACAGCAGGCACCCCCCUCUUAUGGGCAGCUCAUUGCACAGGGUGCCAUCCCGCCUGUGGAGGACUUUCCUACGGAGAACCCCAAUGAUAACUCAGUGCUGGGCAACCUGCGUUCUCUGCUACAGAUCUUGCGACAGGAUAUGACCCCAGGGGGUGCCUCAGGUGGCCGCCGCCGCCAGCGGGGCCGUUCAAUGCGUCGCCUGGUUCGCCGACUCCGUCGCUGGGGUCUGCUUCCUCGAAUCAACUCUUCAGCUCGGACCCCUGAGACCAGGUCCCAAGUCACACCUUCCUCUGCUCCCCCAGAAGGCCUGGAUGGCAGCACAGGUUCAGCCUGUGAGGGUGGGGCAGUAGGUGGGCAGGAAGGGGAACAAGCCCCUGCUCUGCCCAUCAAGACCCCUCUCCCGUGUGCCAGCACAACUCCAGCCCUCCCUACCGUCCCUGAGGCCCCGGGGCCACUGCCUUCAGUGCCUUUAGAGCCAUCCCUGUUGUCUGGAGUGGUGCAGGCCCUACGAGGCCGCCUCCUGCCAAGCUUAUGGCCCCCAGGACCAACCUGGACCCCGCCUGGGCCCCACACAGCAGUCUUGGCUCCAGAGGAUGAGGAUGAUGUGCUGCUGAUGCCACUGGCUGAGCCAGGAGUCUGGGUGGUUGAGGCAGAGGAUGAGCCCUUGCUUUCCUGAGGUGACUUGGCACCCUCUGGCCUCUAAUCACAGUGGCACAACCUUCUAGAGGGUGGCUCAGCUUCCCCCAUUGACCUGUGUAGCUGCUGAAAGUUAGACAUCCUGCAGCAGGGAGAGUGCUCAGUGAGACCCCUCUCUGAAUAGAGCCAGAGACCACCGUCCACCACCACCACCCACUCCCCAUCCUACAGCUAUCCGGAACAUAUGGUUCUUAAAGGAUCAUAGGCCUGGACACUCCAUUCUUGCCAAACCCUCACCCAGAAGUGGCCUUAAGCAGCAGAAUGCCAAUUGGUUGGAAGCCCACCAGCGUCCAAGGGGAGGUUUCAAGCAGAACCAGAGCUUCUGCCAACCUCCAUCCCUAGAGAACCUGAUUUACCAAAAAGCACGUACCAAAUAUCUCUGUCCCAUAACCAGGCCAUUGCCCAGGAAAUCAAAGUAAAAAAUAAAGGAAUCAUAAGUUUUAACAUUUUACAAA